AUGGAAUGGUUUCUGAUAAUUGUAACGAUAGUGAUGGCAUUAUUGUUAUUAUUUGUGAACUUCUACUUACUAGUUUUAUAUUGUCAUCGUAAUUAAAUGAAAUCUAUAAUAAAUAGCUGAAGAUAGUGGUUGGGGUUCAUCAUUAGUAUGCAAAGUAUUUGUGAUUUUUGGAAUGACAUUGACUUGGGCUUAAGUUUUGAUGUUGCCAUUAGAUGCAGCAAAUUCGAGGUAAUGAAAUUCUUAAAUUGAAUUAGAGGACUUGGAGAAGGCUUGGAUAUGGAUUUUUUUUGGAAAUUCAUAUAUAUGCUGAUUUUGAUAUUUGGAACACUAUUUAUACCAUUUGCUCAAUACUAUUAUGAAUCAGAUGAUGAGAAGUCUGUAAGUUAACGAUGUUGUGCAGCUCUUUAUUAACAAUUAUGUUUUGUGAUAAUUGUAGCACUAUUGCUAUUUAUUUCUUAUGCUUUUUUAAGAUUUGCUGAUAUUCCAGUCUACAUAUCAGUGAAAUCUUGUUCAUAACCAACUCUUUUCUUAGAUUCUGAAACACCAUUUACAGGUGUAGCAAAUUCUUUAUAGGAGGAUUCUGAAGACACUUUAGAAUAUGAAGUUAGUUUUCCUGUUUAUGUGAUGGCAUUUAUGUCUUUAUUUGGAUAUUGUUUAUUUGUGCUAUUUGGUGGAGUUGGUUUAACAGCUUUACCAGUUGAUUUAAUAUAAGAAUUUAUUCAUAGACCUAAGAAAUUGACAUCUGCUGAAGGAGCAUAAAAGAAAGGUAGUUUAAAGAGGAAAGCCUUUGAAUUGAUUGAAGAAGGCAAUAAAGUUAGAGAUGAUUAAAAAGAUGCUGUUGCUUAAGAUGGUUGGUGGGCUAAAUAUAGAGAGAAAAGAAGAGUGAGAACACAAUUUACAAAAUAUAAGAAUGCUGUUUUAAGUUUAGAUAGAGAUUAUGAAAUAUUUAAACUAGAACUUAAGUAUUUUGAUACUAAUCCUAUAGUUUGGUAUUUUAAAUUAGUUAUUGGAGUGAUAUUCUGUGUAAUUUCUUUUAUAUGGUGGUUGCACAUGUAUUAUUUAAUUUAUAUUAAUAGAUUAUUAUUUAUAGUAAUAAGAGAUGCAGAUGGAAUAUCAGCAAGUUCUUUUCUUAAUAAAAUAUUGAUUGGUUUAGAAGAUGGAAAUGCUGGAUUUUUAUGUGUUGGUAUAUUUGGAUUACUUUGUAUAUAUUUAUUAUGGUGUACUUAAAAGGGUAACAUUAAAUUUGGUCUCAGAAUUCCUUUUCUGUUCUCUUUACAUAUAAUGAAGUAUCAUAUUAUUUUAUAAUUAUAGAAUAAAUGAGACUUGGAUGAAUACUUUUCUUUUUAAUGUAUAACUUAUGUUAAUCUGUUCUGUUGCAGUUACAUAAUUUUGUACCAAAGCCUUUUCCUAAUAUAUUAGAUUGAGCACUCUCAAUAGUAAUUCUUUGUCUUAUAGUAGUGUUAUUUAGUACUCAAAUAUAAUACUUACGAUUCUUUACUUAUUUAUAUUCAAACAAUGUCUUUGAAAUCAUUUUACUAGUUUGGUCAGUUUUAACAAUGAUAUAUUUGCUUAUCAGAAGAUCAGACAAACCUAAAAUGCUUAAGGAAAUCGAAGAAAUGUAAAAACAAUAAUUCAAAUGAACUUAAUAAUAAUUAUUAAUGUUUUUACUUAUAUUUAUUUCAAAAGUAUAUGGAUCUUGCAUUUCUAGUAUAGGAAAUUUAAUGGCAGAUACAUUGACAGAUCCAAAACUUGAAUUAACUAAAUUGGCACCUUAUAUCUAUUUUAGUGGUAAAGGGUAUAACUUUUCAUUUAUUUUUAGGAUCAAUGAUUUUGGAUUCUAUGAAGAUUGUACAAAUUAAUACUAAUAUGCUGUCAUUCAAUUCUUUGUUCCUUCAACUCCAGCCUCUGUCAAUGUUGGAAUUUGCUUUACUAAACAAUGUUCCAUUUCAGACAUCAAUUCUUCAAUUUAAACAUUAAAAAAAUGGAUCUUGGCAGUUGCCUAAGAUAUAUCAUAGGUCUUGAUUUGAAGUUAUAUUUCAGGUUGAUCUAACUGAGUAUGAACUCAAAUUUCUGGAUUCACAAGUUAUUGCUUAGCCUUAAAUUACUACUUAUAUAUUAAUUUCAUGUUUAAUAGUAUUCAUUAUGUUGUAAGUAUACUUUACAUAUUUUCAUAAAUAAGAUCCAAAGAUUCUUAAGGAAUAACUUUAAUUAGAAUAACUAUAGUAAUAAAGAGAUAUAUAAGAGGUAAGCACUUAUUUUGAUGAAGAAGAAUAAUUAAUUAAUAAUCUUAAUUAAAAUAAAUAUAAUAAGAGAGGUAUAAAAUUGAAUGAAUUUUAUGAACUUUAUAUAAACUUGGAUUUAAAAAUUAAUUAUUAAGAAUGUUGUAAACCAUAAGAAUCUAAAUAUUCUUCAUUAAAUGGAAUUCGUGUAUUAGGAUUUUUAAUGUGUGUUUUUGGAAAUACAGGAAUCUCAAUGCUAUUAUAAUGUGAUUUUUAUUAAGUUCAACAUUACAGCAAACAUUACAUCUUAUUAAUAGUCUUUGGAUGUCUCUAUUCUGUAGAAAUAUUUUUGUGGCUUUCUGGAUUUUUUGCUGUAUUUACAUUUAUCAAAUUAAAUUGUCUAUAUAAUUUACUUUUAAGAAUAUGUAAAUUUUGGCCUUUAAUGGUUUUGAUCAUUUUAAUAAAUACACAAAUAAUACCAUACUUAGGAGAUGGUCCAAGAUGGUUUUAUAUAGAAAGAUAUACCAAAUGUGGAAAAUGGUGGUAAAACAUAUUAUUUAUUAAUAAUUUUGAUGAUGAAAAUUAUUGUACAUUAUGGUUAUGGUAAUUAUCACUUGAUGUUCAGUUAACAAUCAUAUGUGCCAUAAUCAUAGUAUUGUAUAAAAGAAAUAAAAAGGCUGCAAUAAUAUUGACAACCAUUCUUCUAUUAGUAUCAUAAUCAUAUGUUAUAUAUACUUGUUUAGAUAAAUAAUAUGGUAUUCCAUACUAUGCUGCAUUCACUACUGAUAUCUAUAAAUCAUUUUAUUAUAGACCUUGGUUUAGAGCACCACCUUAUUUUGUAGGAAUGUUAACUGCUUUUUUUGUAAUCAAUUUUAAAAGAAAAUUGAAACUUUGGUUUUAAAAUACAAUAUAAAUUAUUGGUUUUUUAAUAAUUGUUUAUUUAACAGUAGGAUGGUAUGAUACUAUGUAAUUUGGUGAAGACUUUUAUCCAAAAUUGUAUUCUCAAAUUUAUGAAGGAAUAAUGAGAACUAUUUAUGCUAUAGGUAUUACUUUGUUUGUAUUACCAAAUUUAUUAGGAAAUCAUAAUAUUAUAUAUUAAUUAUUAAAUUAUACUCCAAUCAAAUAUAUAGUCAAAUUUACAUUUGUUGGAUAUCUAUUACAUAUGUUGAUUGUUGAAGUUAUUAUAGCAUCAUUUUAUAAAAGUUUGGAUUUCAAUGUAUAAAGUAUUGGAUAAGUAUAUGUUGGAUGCAUUAUUAUUAUUGCUGGUUUUAGUUUUAUAUUUAGAUGGUUAAUUGAAUUACCAUUUGAAAUUAAACAUAAAAUUACAGAAAAGUCUUAAUCUAAAUAAUACAUGUAGAAAAAGAAUGUUGAUUUGAUUUGA